AAUCUCGAUGCGCGGAAUCUUUUUUUUUUUGUUCACUACAGAAUUAAGCUCUAUUCUGGCGUUGUUUUCGAGGCCCUUGCAAACGAGCUGCCGCAGCCUUGCGCCGCGGCCUAGGCGCCCCCAGGUCCUUGCAACCGAAAGGUUAGGUUAGGUUAGGUUAGGUUUUAUUGUCUUCUCGAAGGACCAAAAUAUCAGCUGACCCAAAAACGGAAGAUGUGCAACGGCCAUACUAACGCGAAUUAUUUCAUUAUAUGUUUGAGUGUUCUUCUUCAUGUUUAAUUUACGACUGUAAUUGAGCACUGUGAUCACUGGUUCCACAAAACCUGAUUUGGCCUGUCCAUCUGUGAGUCUGACGGGUGAAUGUUGCAAUGGGUCGCUGAAGGCCAUCGGACGACCUUGUUCCAUGCCUCUCUUGAGCCAAAUGUUCUAGUCGGUCGGUAGGUUGGUUGGCUGGUUGGCUGGCUGUGCGAGCUUACUCACCUCUCUCGGACAGGUCCACCCGGAAAAGAAGGCUCAGAAGGAAAGGAGUUGUUCGGUUGGUUGGUUGGUUGGCUGGCUGGCUGGCUGGCUGGCUGGUUAACGGGGACGAAGGCUGCUCGACCGACCCUCAGUGUCGAUCGCUGGCUACUGGUGUUCCAAUCUGGUGAAAGAAUCUGGUUGACCCGUGGACGCCUCCUUGGAUGACUGGAGGCUGGACACGGAGGGCGCGAGGACCUUCGAAAUCAUAAUCAAGACCCACCCCGUCCCCUUCGAUGGAUGUGAGUCAUUAUUGACCAUGGUCGGGUUUGGUCCUUGCUUUACCCUACGGGCCCGCCUGUCUGUAAUAGCUCUGUGCCAGACAUUUCACUUGGUUGUACAAAUCCUCGAUUUGGCCAGCUCCUAUCAGCCAUGAUUUCUCGACAAUAUUCGUUCGACCAACCCGACGAGAAUGACAAUGAGGAUGAGGACGAGUUUAUGCAAUACUAUCGCAAAUAUCGUCCCCCCGUGCCCGGCUCACUCCAAGGUAGCCAAGCCUCAUCCAGCCCCAUAUGCAGUCUGAACUCGGAUCGGAGUAGUUUGCGUGAUAUCUCCAGUGUCAGAUCGUUGACCUCGAAAGCGCGUCGCUUCUUUAAACCCAAGAAGAUCGGGAUGCCCAAAUCUCGCUCUUUGGAGGAGGAACAGGGCUCAACCGCCUCGUCCUCGAAUCAAGGCUUGAGCCGAAAUGGUUCCAUCAACACCUCACCGCUCGGAGGUCUGACCGGAUUGCUGUCGGAUAAGAUGACCUUUUCAGGCACUUCCUCCGGCUUUGGCGAUGACUCGCAGAGUCGUGAUUCCGGCCAUUCCAGUGGAGGCAGUCCGGACCUUCGAGGCCUUCGAAAGCGCCGCAGUGCUCCUCCGUUGCACAAUAGGGCGUUUAAGAAUCUCUACGAUCGAGAUUGGUAUCGGCAGCAUCAGCCACAACCCCGAGCCCAAGCUUCCCACGGUUCCGGGUCGAAUUUUAGCGAUCGCCAAUCACUCUAUAGUUACACAACGGCUCGUGAGGCGUCCAGCUACUAUGAUCCCCAAUAUCCUGAGGGCGAAGAGGAUUCCUAUUGGAAUCCAAGGGAUCCGAGGAACUCGGGCGACCCGAGGGCGUCGUACUAUGCAUCGAGCAGAGCCUCCGUGUGUUCGGGUCAAAGCGGUAGAAUUAGUAGUCAUCAUUCCGAGUUAUAUGAUUCGUAUCCAGAGAUGCCCUUGACCGAAUCCUCACGCAUGUCCAUACAUGACAACCAACGAUCCCAGAGUGCUCAUUUGGAGAUGUACGGAAGGCAUCACAAGAGGAAACUCGAUUGCUUAUGUGAAGACAACGGCUCCGUAAUCAACGGUGGUCCUUGUAACAAGCGUCCUUGUACACCCAAUGGGUCGCUCAGAUCGGACGAAUCUGUCCAUCAUCCAUCCAAAAGCCAUGCUCUAAAACUGUGGUGUUCAAGGCUUUGCAUGGUGAUUAAAACCGUGCUCAUGGGUCUCUCUUUGUGUUUGCUGUUCUUCGGAUGCUUUUUCGUAUGGCGCUCCUAUCGUUGUGAAUCUGAUCGACAACGAGAAUUUGAUUCAGAAGCCUUGGCCCGCACCAUGAAUGAAGAGCUGUUUGGUCAAUCCGUGGCCAAAGACACCAUUCUCAAAAGCAUACAAGAGUUUACAGCCCAAAACUAUUCCGUGAUUACCCUAAUCAUGACGGGAUGGUUGGGUAGCGGCAAGACUUUCGCGUCCAACCUCAUCCAAACACAUUUCCCUAAUCCGGAGAAUGUUCACCUUUUCACCGUCCCGUUGCACUUUGCAGAUGGAACCCGCAACUUUCACUUUUUAGACGAUCUUAGCCUUCACAUCAGCCGUAGUUGCGGCCACAGCCUGGUCAUUUUUGAUGACAUUGAUGGUGGCUCUCAAAGUACCACCGAACAAGUGGAAAAGUUCAUUCUCACUUUAAAGAAUUCCCAGUUAUCUUCAAGAAGUAAUGGUACUCUAGUGUUGAUCACCUCCAAUGUGGGCGGGCAAGCUCUAAACCAAAUGACCCUGGCUCUCAUGCGAGAGGACAUUGCCCUCCGGGAGGCACUUGAUUUGAACACCAUGACUCAAGCCAUCCGAGACAACGGUUAUAUCGUGCCUACAUUGGACGCUUUGCAAGACCAAGGAAUACCCGUAAAAGUCAUUCCAUUCCUUCCUCUCACACGAGAGCACGUUCGCCAAUGUGUGGAGAGGGAAAUCGCUCGAAAAGGAUACCCGUCAACUGUUCAAGACAUUGAAAAGAUUCUUGGGGAAAUGCGCUUUUUCACCGACGAUUUCCCCGUCCUCUCCAAGAGCGGGUGCAAGACCGUGGCCAACAAGGUCAAUCUCUUCCUCAGCGGCCAUGAUCCCUACUUUCACGGUUGAUGAUCAUAUUGCUCACCCGUCUGGUUUCUCACUCGUUGUUUGCCUGUUCUUGCGUUUCAGUGUCAGAUUGUAUGAUUGUAUUGGAACUCCAACGGUUGUUAUCUAUUUCAGCUCAAAGCAUUUGAAUGGUCGGCCCAAUAAAGGCCAUAUUUUUGCUCUUCCCUCCUACCACAAAUGUCAUUAGUCGUCUCACAAAUUCCAAGGCUGUAUGUAGUUAAAGUGACACCAACAGAAACAAGUAGAUUCGAAUCAUCAAUCAUCUCAAAAGCACAAAAAAGUUCCUUCUAUAUUUGUCCAAAAACAUUUUAUGAAGGCUAAAGGUCUGAAUCCUCUUUUAUUUUUCCUCAUAUCAAAAUUUAUCGACGCAAUAAACACAUAUUUAUUGAAA